UUUACUACAUGCCACAAGCUGUGCAUGCAACCCUACUUCACGGUGCUGCGUACAUGCGCACUUUUCCUGUCCCAAUCGGCAUUCUUUCUGAGGAAGCUUUAGAGUCUUGCCAUAAGGACAUUAGGUAUCUGGGGGAGCACCACAGCAGGAAAACCGGAAGGGAUGCUACUAUGUCCGAUCUCUUCUAUGGCCUUUUGGUGCGUACGGACCCAAUCAUAGCAGCACUCAGAAAGGCCCCCUCUCCAAAAGGUGUGCUCAAGAGCAGCGUAAUGCCUAUGCUUCUUGGAGCAAACCAGGAUGGUUCAUUUGCCGUGGACCAAUCGCUUCAAGAUAUCAUGGAACCGGAAUCAGAAGACAGUGAUGUCGAUGGUGAUCUGUGA